AUGGCUACUCAAAUACGGAGCAACCAUCCUGCCGAUGCAUGGGAACCUCUCAAGGACCAUAUUUGGUCCAUGUAUCUUGUUGAAAAUUACACUAUCGAAGAAAUCAUCGUCAAGUUGAGGAUGGAACAUGACUUUAACGUCACCAAAUCACAAUUAGAAACUCGAUUCAAAAAGUGGAACUUCCGCAAAGGUCUGGCCCAGCAUGAAUGGUUGCUUGUCGAUUCUAAAAUCAAAGAGCGGAAAAGAGAGUCUGGCAAAGAGAGCGAAGUUUACCUUAGCGGCGUUCCCCUAGAUUCCCAAAAAGUGAAGAAGGCGGUUUCGCGAUAUGGAAGCAACUCGACCUCAGUGUUACAGGGUGGCCUUCCACCUACGCCAGAAGGUGUGGAUAUCAGAACGCCUCUCCCUCUGGCGACAAUCCCUUCGCGUUCCCGCCCGACCACUCUCACCUCAACCCCGUUCCACUCCACCAGGCCCCUCUACUAUUCUCUUCCUCUCACGAAUUUCUUCUCCUCCUUCACUUACGGAGUUAAUCCCCCUUUUCACGGUAUUCGGCCACAUGUGCCAGAUUUGUUCACACAGCUGGAGAGCAUGCCAGAAAUCACCAACGAUAACGAUAGCGAACUAUGUUUAACGGCCAUGCACAACCUCGUCACGUCAACAUUUCAAUCUAUAGAAAGCUCGAUUCCACAGAGUUUGAUUUCUUUCGACAAACCGGGAACGGAGCUGAAACCAUCCUUCUCAUCAAAUCCGUCCGCGAUCUUAAAGACUUUUGUUUUCAUGCUGUCCAACAAGGCUAGCCGGGUUCCAAAACAGACGCACUUCUUCGCUGAGGACGAGCCGAAGAAGGAAAGACUUUCUCACGAAACGAUCAAUGGAUGCUCCAAAUCUGGACUUCUCGACGAGGUCUUGAAGAUCACGGGACCAACCGCUGAGGCUCUCCUGGAAGAGUUUUUUUCCGCUGCCAUUGAAGUGGAAGACGUUAGCGAUAUCAACAAAAUACUCGAUACUGGGUUUCAUCCUGAUGAGUUACGGUGCAGGCUGUCCGGCGGCAGAACGGUUACACCACUCCAGCGAGCCUGCGAAUUGGGCAGCGUUGCUGUUGCAGAGACAUUGUUGGAGCGCGGAGCAGACGCUAAUAAAUUCCUGAAGUGUACCCUCCCGCCAUUGAUUACAGCAAUUUCGAGCCGUCAUUCUCCUUUACCUGAAAGUCACAGAAUUGGCCUUGUGAAGAUCUUGUUGAAAGCAGGCGCAUGCAUAGAGAACCACGAUCUCUUCUCUGCAGCCAGCCGGGGUCUGGUAGAGAUUACAUCUAUCCUCCUCCAGGCAGGCGCAAUUCAACAGAGCCCAUUAGGAAAACCAAUCCUUAGGCACCUAUUGGACAGCUUCACUUUCACUAAUCGCACUAUCAUGGUUAUACGUGCUUUGAUUGACGCCGGUGCCAACACAUCUGCUAUUACCGGCGUCAUAUCAAAAGCAAUGGUGCAGUAUGGAUUAGAUGGUGAAGUCAUCACGCUGAUUAAGGACUUGUUGGACAGAGGAGCGCGCGCGACAGAGAACGAUUUGCAUUUGGCAGUGGAGGCAGACAGUUGUGCCGCCGUCACACUUCUUGUUCAGUACGGUAUUCCAAUCACGCCUGAAAUCAUAGGACACGCCGUCCGUCACUAUAGUUCAAACAUCAUGAAGAUCCUCCUUCAGUCAAAGAGUUCUGUCCCGCAUGCGGCAAUCGCAACAGCAGUUGAGCGUUGCACGAAAGAAGAGGUAUGCCUUAUGCUAAGAUUGAACGUUUUUGACCCCAAACGACAGUGCAUGACACUUACAGCCGCCAUACAGUAUGGCAAGAAAGAUAUCAUGGACAUGCUGUUCGCAUUUGGUGUACAACUUGAGCGUGGGAAGGAGCUCUGUGCGGCCAUUGAAGACGUUGUUCGUCGAGGUGACCUCGCAUUGCUUCAAUUUCUCCUCAGUGACAACUCGCCUUACCGGUCACCUGUCGUACGUUCACUGGGCGGCUCUUUGUGUUUGGCCAUCCGCGGCGGCCAACCGGAGAUGAUCAAAUUGCUGCUCGAACAUACGUCAAAUCUAGACCAACCCCUUUUCCGAAGGAAUGGCUCCUUUUCUACAUUGAGCCUUGACAGCGUACCACUCAUGGAAGCGAUUAUCAAGCAAGACACUACCAUGUUACAGAUGCUUCUUGCUGCUGGUGCAGCGGUCGAGUUCUCACAAUAUGAAACUCUUCACUCGGUGCUACCAGGUGCAAUUUCAGUGGGAGAUAUUACUUGCAUUCGGCAGUUGAUCGCUGCUGGGGCGAAUCCCAACGUGAGAGGAAUGAGCGACGAGAAGACGGCGCUUAUUGUGGCUAUAGAAAAGGGUGACUUUGAUGUGAUCAAGUUACUUAUGGAAAGCGGGGCAGACGUCAAUGCUCUUCCUACACACUUUCUGGCACUUGCUGCAGCUAUUGAACAUUGUGAUAUCAGAGUCGUUCGCUACCUUCUGGACAUGGGUGCUGACCCGAACGAGCCGGCUCUGCUCGCUGCGACUAAGUCCGAUAUCAGGACGAUGCACAUGGUGAUGGAAAGCAGGUUAGCUCGGUAUAAAGGCCUCAGUCUCGGCUUUGGGUGCAACGCCUUACAAUAUGCCAUCGCCGAGGCUGACACCGAGAAGAUCAAGGUUUUGCUUGAAUAUGGUGUGAAUCCCAACACCUUUAACAAUUGUUCACACUUUUCAAACGAUGAAGGACUGGUUGACUGUGGCUGUUAUGACCUUGAGGAGUGUGAGUCUUGUUUUGGGAUGGCUAUUCGCCCUGGUGGGGAUUCAAGGCAUGGCGUGGUGAGGAUGCUGUUGCGAGCUGGUGCAGAUCCCAACGGCAUGGUCCGGCGAGCGAACAGUACCUGGAUAGAUUCCAGGACCAGUGCUCUAGGGUCAGCAAUGCUUAGCAAGGAUACGACAAUGGUUGAGAUUCUAUUGAAAGCUGGCGCGUCUACUAGUGGAAAGUUUGACGUGGAAGGGAUGUAUACAGCAUUGCAAUUUGCGGUCCAGUGCGGGCUUGUUGAGAUGGUCAAUCUUUUGCUAGAACACCAAGCCGAGGUGAACGCACCAGCAUAUUGGGACCAUGGAGCAACGGCUCUACAAUUUGCCGCGAUAGGCGGGUAUCUGGGGCUUGCUUCAACUUUGUUGGAAAAAGGAGCAGACGUUGAUGCGGCAGGGGCCGAGGUCGAAGGAAGAACGGCGCUGGAGGGAGCGGCAGAACAUGGGCGAAUCGACAUGGUGCAGCUACUCAUCAACGCAGGAGCCCAAGUGACUGGAAGUGGCAGCAAGCAGUAUGAGAGAGCGGUGAAGUUCGCUGCGGCAAAUGGUCAUCGAGCAGUACGCCGGAUGCUUGAGAAAAUUCACAGUGAAAAGGUUACGUUGGAAGAGUCGAUGGAAGCUAUUGGCAGUUUUGAUGGAAAUGAAUGGGGCGGAGUUUGGGAAAUGUAG